GCUCUCCGUCAUGCAAUGUCAUGGUGCUGCACAUUGCAUGCAGUUUAGUUAUAUUCUGUAACCAUUCAGCUCUUGGGAUUAUUAACCCUGGAUAUCUGCAUUCACAAUAAUCCCAAGUAUUUAUGGUGUGGUGAUAGGUCAGCACUGCCCCUCCUGUAUCCUCCCCCUCUGACACUUCCUGUUCCUCCAUGUGCACUGUAAGUUGCACCUAAGGCCAAAUAAAGAUUACUGGCUCCAUUAUGGCCACUUCCAAAAAUCUCAGCCGCUUUUGGGAAUGGGGAAAAAAAAUAAUUUGCGUUGGGAGGAAUUAUGCCGACCAUGCCAAGGAGCUGAAAAAUGCAGUGCCCACAGAACCCGUGCUGUUCCUCAAGUCCCCAUCAGCCUACGUGCGGGAGGGCGCUCCGAUCCUCAUGCCGUACUACACCAAUAAUCUACAUCACGAAGUGGAACUGGGAGUGGUGAUUGGCAAAGGAGGUAAAGAUAUCGCCCAGUCCAGCGCCAUGGACCACGUAGAGGGCUAUGCCCUUUGCCUGGAUAUGACCGCUCGAGAUGUUCAGGACCAGUGCAAGCAGAAAGGACUUCCAUGGACUUUAGCAAAAGCCUUUGACACAUCUUGUCCCGUCAGUGACUUGAUCCCCAAAGAAACCAUAAAGGACCCCCAUAAUGUGAAGAUAUGGCUGAAAGUAAACGACAUCCUCAGGCAGGAGGGGAGCACGUCCUCCAUGAUCUUCUCCGUUCCUUUUCUCAUCAGCUACAUCAGCAGAAUCAUCACUCUCGAGGAAGGAGACCUCAUACUGACGGGGACCCCCAAAGGAGUGGCCGCUGUGCAGGAAGAGGACGAGAUGGUGGCUGGAAUCGAUGAUAUUAUUAGCAUGAGGUUUCGGAUUAAGAAGCAGUCCUAGUAAAGUUAUGAUUGUUUAAAAUUCCACUCACAAUCGAUAACUUUAAAGUGCGCCUGUCACGUGAUCUAUAGAUGUUAAAGGGGUACUCCGGUGAAAAACUUUUUUCUUUUUUAAAUCAACUGGUGCCAGAAAGCUAAACAGAUUUGUAAAUUA